GUACAUGUGUUGGUAAAACUUCCUGUAGUCCUUGGAGUCGCCUUAGCGUAAGACUUAAUUUUUGCAGUUGUUCUAAUUUUAAGGUUGACUUACAAUGACCAGCUGUGAAACAAUUCGUCACGGGCAUAUUUCUCAAGGUAUUUUUCAGGCCAUAGAGACAUUUUGGAAGCUGCACGAGAAUGAAGACUUUCAGGUCAACAUCGAAGGUGAAUGCGUCAAGUGCCACAGUUUUAUUCUUGCCUCUUGUUCGGAGUUUUUCAGAAGUUUACUACGAUCUAAUAUGAAAGAGAAACUAGACAUGAAAGUUGACUUACAGAACAUUCCCUUGAAUAUUUUUAACUUGAUUCUCCAAACUCUAUACACCGGAUGUGAGCUGUUGACUAAAGACAAUGUUUUGGAAGUUUGGUCAGCAGUUCAUCUACUUCAAAUUCAUUUCUUAAUUCUGCAUUGUGAAGAUUAUGUUUUGAAAAAUAUUUCUCUGGAAACUUUGGAGACUUACAAGAGGCAAGGAGAAUUUCUUCAGUCCGAGAGAGUCUCUAAAGGAAUUUUCAAAUUCAUGCUUGAAAACUUUAUGACUCUCAGAAGCACUGAGGUAUUUUUGCGAUUACAGUUUGAGGACCUUCUAAAACUUAUUGAAAGUGACAGUCUGGUGGUUACAUCUGAAGAUCUAGUAUUACACUCCGUUUAUGAAUGGAUCAACUUUGGCGAAGUAGUGAAUAACUACAACAAGGCUACAUUAACCAUGUCCUAUAAAGAAACAUUUUCAAGAGGGGUUACCACUAAAUUCUCUAAAAUGUUUAUUACUGGAAAAGACAUAGAAACUACAAAAGUCUCGGCUUCACAUGUCAAUGAACUUAAAGUUACUCAGGUAACUAAAUCGAUGUACGAGUCAGCCCGUUCUUCUAGUCAAAUCAUCGCAAUCCCUUCUGUAAACCAAAACGACGGAAGCCCUUCAGUAUCAAAUAAUUGUAAAGACAAUCGGAGAAGUGUAUAUCUUCUUCCGCUUUUGAAAGCUACCAGAUAUUUCCUGCUCUCUGAAGCUUGCAUUGCAAAUCUCCACCUAGCAAAAGAGAUUCAAAAUAACAUAGAGGACAUAGACAUUUUCUUUAAAGCUUUGGCAUACAAGACUUGCAUCAAUGUCAAUAACUAUCUACCAACUGCUGCUAUUCACCGUGAAUGUAGUCAGCUUGACAAUGUCGGUGUCGUCUGCAUCAGUAACAGUAGAAUUCUUGCCUAUAGUUUCGCUAAGAAAACGACGCAUUAUUUUCCAAAGAGUACAAAACUGAAUAUCUACAGACUACUGGCACUCAAUAAUCAAUUGUAUGCCUGCGUUAAAAAAAAGGGUUUCAGUGAAAUGUUUGUUUUACAAAGUGUAAAAUGGGUCAGUGUUCUGAAACUAGAAGAACAAGUUCGUUUCUGUUUGACUCAUGACUCUUCUAUAAUUAUCAUCACUGUGCAAAAUAUCUAUAGAUAUAAACCUAUUUCACCGCUUAAUAAGAUUGACGUUGACAUUGGAGCCAUUGACUUUGCAAUCAGUUUUUACCAGAACAUUCUUCUCUUUACCACAUCAGAUCUGAAAACCAAAGUUCGUUGCUGGGAUACAGACAAUAACACUUUGUCAGAUUUAGCUGAGCUUGACUUCUCAGCUAACAAUAUGACAAGUUUCACAGACGACAGGUCGACCUACAUUCUCGAUGAAGACGGAUGCCUCUAUCACGUGAAGCAGUUAGAGACCAUUCAAUUCACUUUCAUAGAUAGAAUCUGGAGUUUCAGAGCUGAAGAGCUGAGAGGAGCAAUCAUGUUUCGAAACUUUCUCUUUCUGUGUGGCAAGUUUCCUGAAAAAACAAACCUUACCAAAACAUUGAACGAUGUCUUCUCCUUCGUUUGGUUUAUGAAGUUAGGAUCUUUGAAUUUUACCUCGAAUUUCAUUUAUUCUGCCAUUUCGAAGACAGAUCUGACAGGUCGAAAGAUAAGCUGUUCAAGGCAAGUUUUUAAUGAAGUCGAACAGAAAUGGUCCGAGAUCUAGCCUAAUGGUCCAGUGGUUAGCCUGCCAGGCUCUUCAAUUGACGAAUCUCUUUCACGCAUUAUAGUUAACAAGAAUUUAUAUAUGUAAAGAUCAUAAUUAAUUUAUAAAUAGUUUAUCGCUGAGCGGUGCUUUAAAUAGAAUGGCUUUAUUGAUAAAUUAAGUUUAACUAAAGGAUUUUUUUGACUAUUUUCUAUAAAUAUAUAUGCUUAAAUAUAUUUGGCAAUUUGGCUAAAGAUUUAUAGAUUUAAUACAUUGUCGAAAACUCGAGAA